AUGUCGUGGUUUGGUGGCAGCAAGCAAUCCAAGGAGGAGACUGGGCCCAACUUCUGGCCCGCUCCGUCGUACAGCAAGGGCUAUGCCGUCCCCACUGACAAGGACACUGAGUGGAUGUGCAUCAGUAAUAAGGGCUUCCAGACCGAGACGCAGGUCUGGUACUCGAUCCUCCCAGACGGCAGCUUCCUCAUGGUCCAGGUCAUCUGGAGCUUCCUCGGCAUGUUCCUCAUCCCAGCCACCGCGCAGAUGACGUUCAAGUACUACAACCCCACUACCAAGCAGCAGGUGUGGAAGUCGGUCAAUGUCACCAACUUCAAGCACGAGGGCAAGAGCUGCAAGUCUGACCACUUCAAUGUCCAGAACUCUGGCUCCGCCAACGGCGAGGAGUCGUACACGAUCACUGCCGACCUUGACAAGCACGUUCAGCUCAACGUGACCUACACCAAGCCUGCCAACGCUCUGGGCUUCAAGUACGGCCAGGGCGAGGACGGCGGCUACUCGAUCUUUGGCCGGGACAAGCACAUCGACAAGCGCGAGGGCUUUGUGUUCCACCGCUUCCACCCCAUGGCUUGGAGCAAGGGCACUGUUACCAUCGACGGCAAGGAGAUUGACGCCACCGGCGACGCCGUCUUCAUCCACGCCAUCCAGUCUGGCAUGCGCCCCAACACCAUUGCCAGGCGCUGGAACUUUACCUACUUCACGACCGGCGGAACGGCCGCGAAGUCUGAGCUGGGCUCUGUCCGGGCGAUCCAGAUGGAGUUCCAGACCACCGACGACUAUGGAUCCGCGGGCAAGGGCUCUGGCCACACCAAGGUCAACGUUGGUGCGGUCUACUCCUCGUCACUCCCCAAUUCGGUGCUCCUCGGCGUUGGUCAGACGUACUCGGCCAAGCCUGACCAGUACCCCAAGAUCAGCGACGACGUGUGCAUUGCCGAGCACCUUGCGUGCCUGCCGGAUGCUGACACCGGCUACGAUGCCCCUCACGGCCUCUCAUUCGAGUGGGCGGGCGACCGCGUUGACGGCCAGGGCAAGGCCAAGGCCACUGUCAUCGUCAAUGAUGCCUGGGCUGGCCUGAUGGAGAAGGUGGAUGUGCUCGCCGAGCUCCCCUAUGUGAUCCGCAAGGGUGUCACCGCUGUUACGGGUGCUAAGCCCUACAUUUUCCAGUACCACAACAACGCAACUCUGGACGUUGAGCUGGAUGGCAAGAUUGUCCCUGUUCCGGGCUACAUGUUCUCUGAGGCGUCAUUCGUCUCCCCCUAA